UCUAUAAGUACAUGAACACAUGGAUUUCAGGACUGGAUAGAGAGAGAGCGAGAGCGAGAAAGAGAGAGAGAGAGAGAGAGAGAGAGAGAGAGAGAGAGAGAGAGAGAGAGAGAGAGAGAGAGAGAGAGAGAGAGAGAGAGGGAGAGAGAGAGAGAGAGAGAGAGGGAGAGAGAGAGAGAGAGAGAGAGAGAGAGAGAGAGAGAGAGAGAGAGAGAGAGAGAGAGAGAGAGAGAAAACUGAGAAAAAAAACACCCUGAAGAGACACCCUGAUAUAUACAUUUUCAG